UAAAUCAACAAUAUGAUAUUCCGAAUAAGUUAAAUGACGUUAGCUGGAAUAAUAUAACAACAAAAAGAAUAUUCAAGGAUGUCUGUCAACACGGCACACGCACAAAUGGGGGGUGUCCUGAUAUUUGCAGGCGAAAGGAUUCUUAUUUUUUGUGAUGGGGUUGAGAUGGGAUUUGAUUGUAAAGACCUAGCUCAUUUUAAAGGGAACAAGAAAGGAAGGAUAUACCUUACAACACAUAGGGUUAUCUUCACCAACAAGAAGCCAGACGACAUGCUCCAGUCCUUCAGUAUGCCAUUCUACUGUAUGCGGGAGGUAGAACUGGAACAACCCGUAUUUGGAGCAAAUUACAUUAAGGGGAAAAUAAACCCAGAAAGUAACGGAUGGAUGGGAGACUGCCGAUUCAAGCUCUGGUUUACAAGUGGUGGGGCCAUCGAGUUCGGCACAGCGAUGCUGAAGGCUGGUCAACUGGCAUCAAGGAAUUUUCAGCAUCGUCCUCCAGCUUACACUCCCCCACAGGGUCCAAUAUACCAGGCCCCACCCCCAGCCUACACCCCUCCCCAGGCAGAUUAUGGCUGGGUGCCCUACCAGACAUUCCCUUCUGCUCCACCACCUGAGUAUGUGUAUACCACGGGUGCUCCGCCUCCGUACCCAGGGGUAGACCCCUCUGCCCCUCCCUACCCUCCACCCCAGACCAACGGAACCCCUGCAGAUGCCAAAGCUGCAGAGGCUGCAGGAGGGGCUUAUUACAAUCCCUCCAACCCGCACAAUGUGUUUGUACCUAACAAUGGGGCACCUCACUACCAGGCGCCACCAUAUUCCGCACCUCAGUAUAAUGCUCCGCCCCCCUCAUACGCCGAGGCAUCUAAGAAGAACAACUGAUCAUGACCUUUGUUCCGGAAUCUGUAAAAUUCAAACAUCUAUUGAUAUUGACAUUGUUCCCAGCCUAAACUGAAAUAACUUUGAUGGUGAUUUGUUGGUUUUGAAUGGACUUAAGGGUGUAUGCUACCUUAGUGUUAAAUGUACCAAUUUCCAGAAGAUUUCCACAUCAAGUGGAAGAAUGUCAUUAAAAAUAGUAAUUUAGACUAGCAAUAUCUUUAAAGGGAGAUAACUCUAACACAAAUUAAAGAUAUGAUAUGUAAGGUUGCAUGCAUCCAUAAUUUAUAUAGCUUUUAAAAUUAAGAAAAUAACCACAAAAAUCAAAAACAUGUAUGUAGUAAUCAACAUUUAUGGUAGUUCAACAUCUAUAACAAGUUGAUGAUUGCAUUGUGAUAAAACUUGUAAAUAGGUUUUGAAAAUGUCCUGAAAUACUUGUACAGUGGAAUUUUAGAAGCUUGAACACAAGAAAUCAGUAUAAAUAAAUUAAGGGCAUUGCAAGAAUCUGUAGUAUCAUGUUCCAGAAUCUGUCCUAUAAAAGUUGAAUACUUGUAUAAUCGUAGCUGAUGAUGAUGUUAAACAUAAUUUGAAUAUGUUAUACAGAGUGUUUUCAUAGCCUCCUGUACCUCAUCAGCUUUCUUUGUAAUUGCAUGAUAUGCCAAAUAAUGUCCCAGAUUUACAGUAACUGGGUAGACUUGUGCUUUUAAAACCUGGAUAUAUUGAUGGUAGGCUUGGAUCCACUUCUGGUGUUGUUAAGAGCUAUUCAGGAUUAAAGUAAUCGUUUAUAUUUUUUGUUGGAAUAAUCCUUUGCAAACAGAUUGUUUGCACAGGGACUUGAAAAUCAAGACAGAAUAUGGAUAGUGAUACCAUAUCUGGUGCAUGUUAAGCGUUUUAAUAAAAGUUUUAGAGAUUUACAUUACCAUUUGACAAAAUAUCACUUCUAAUGAUUGAUAUACAAUCAAUGAUUAUCCCAGAAAUUUAAUUUAAGUCAGUUGAAAAUAUUGCUCUAUUCUGUUGCAUUAUUAUUAUUGACGAUAUGUACAUGUCUUUACUAGUCAUGGAUAGAGGGAUGAAAUUCAAAUUUUCUUAUAUUGUUUAUUUUUCUGUGACGACUCGGGCAGUAAAAUGAGUCUUGAUACAUGGAAUACUGUUGAUUUAAACCAAAAACUGGAGUCCACAGUUGGAAUAUACACAGACUAGAAUUCUGAAAUUGGCUAUUCAGAAAACUGCUAUAUCACUGUUUUUAUCAGGUCCUUCGACUUUGGAAUAAACAUUGUUUGGCCCACUUUUUGUGUUGAUACAUGAAAUAGUAUAAACAUUAUCAGACUGCAAUAGACUGAACGUCAUUGGACAGUGGUCUGGAUGGGAGACUGUUGUGUUCAGCUAGGAAGUAUUUAUUAUGUAUCAACAUUAAUCAGCCACAAAUAACUUUGAAGUUAAAAUGCAGGAGGAUGCUUAACCUGGGACAAACACCACUGCAGCACAAGCAUUGUAUGUUUGGUCAUAGAUUUUAUGAAAUUGAUUUUUUUUCCGUCAGGGAGGAGGUGACUGAAUUUUCUGUGUUGGGUAGGGGGAAAGCAAUGGAAUCCUAUAUUUAUUACAUUACCAGCAACAUUGAUAUAUUUGUUGUUUACGUUUAUUUUCUCUCAUUUGUCACAUUAAACAUUUACACACUGACCAAGCACUCUUGUAGCUAGAGAAAAGGCAGGUAGAGGAAUUCGUAAAAGUUGUAAAUAAACAUUUUGUCAAACUAUAUUAUCUAUAUAUGUAUAUAAAUGACAUCAUAUAUAAAACUAGAUCAAGUGAUGUUCGGUGGGCUGAGUUAUUGGGACUUGACUUCACCGAUGUCAAGGAGUACUAGGUGGUUAACAUGUAGCUGGAUAAUCCAGUGUGUUUGUCAAGCCGUUCGGGGAUUACAAAAAAACUUGUGGGGGGACAAUAAAAUAAUUUCAGAUAGGACAAGAUGUUUUAAUAGACAGGUGUCGAUUUCAUGAGGGUUAACAUAAGAGACAUGAGUCUUUUAGAUCCAAAAUUUCAUGUUAAGAUAUUAUAGGUUGUCUAUCAGUUACUGGUAAAGUCGGGUUUUACAGUAUCACAGAAUGUCCUUUACUCAUUCACCCCUACAUAUAUAAACUGGACCUGUCCAGUCUAUGAUUUGGUAAGGUUCAAAUGAGACUUUAAGGGUGAAUUGGUUUAAGUCAGGUGUCGGUCAAGUUGGGUGGGUGUCGGUCAAGUCAGGUGUCUGGUAAGUCAGGUCUCACAGUAUUGCAGGGUGUCCUUAAAGUCAAGUGUCAGUCAAGUAAGGUCUUGAUAAAAGUUAGAUUUUACUAUGUUUUGUCUUCAUUAUUCAAUAAUUUUAUUAUUUAUGAAUCAUUUAAAGUAAUUCAUUGAUUUUAUCAAGUGUCAUGUUAUUUCAUGCAUCAGUUUUACUCAGCAAGCAUUUUAUCCACCAACAGAUUAACUAUACUCACUCUUUGUAAAGUCCUAUCUCCAUAUUUGAAGUCCAAGCUGGGAUUUGUAUCUGUUUAUACUCCGAUUGAAACAUUUAAAAAUUAUUCUAUUUCCAUAUCAAAAGAAUUGAAUGACACUUGCUAUUCUUGUUGCACUAAAUCGUCUAGUUGUAAUAUAAAGGUGUGUAUUGUGGAACCUCAUUAAUCAAACUCGUAUAGAUAAAUAACAGACUACUGAUAUAAUAAAACUCAACUCUGAAAGAUAAAAUCAGCAAUAUUUUAUUACUUUCCUAACACUACCCGGUUAUAACAGCAAUAAGAAAUGUUUCGUUGCUAUGGAAAAUUUGUAAUUCCAGAUUUUUUACAAAAACUGAAGUGUCAUGAUUAACGAGGUUCUACUGUACUCCAGCCCAUGUGAUAACAUGUAUCUGGUGGUUUAUAGACAGGAUUAUGUAUAUUUCACAUUAUUAUGCCAUUUCAUUGGUGUUGUUAUCUUUGUCAAAAUAAAACAACAAGAUAGAU